AUGGACGACCGCACUGCAAUCGAGGACCGACUAAAGGCACUGACACAUCAACAUGUGAAGACUGCAGGCAUGUCGGUCAUGGGCGCAGGUAGCCAAGGACCUGCAUAUCACUUUCAUGCUGGAUCAGCAGACAUUCUGCACAGCCAGCGAAUAGACGAAGCACAUCUCUUCGGCAUUGGGAGCAUCACCAAGAUAUUUGUAGCCGUUGUCGUCCUGCAGUUGGUCGAAGGAGGCAAGCUCAAGCUCACAGAUACUGUUGGGCUCCUUCUGUCGGCUGCCUUCUACCGCGACAGUGAUGAUGCUGAAAGUGCGGCCGUACAACAGCUACUGAGUCAUACGGCUGGAAUCGACAGUUGGGAGGACGAUCCAGCAUGGAUAGUGGAUGGACGGGGGUGA